GGAACAUUCGUGUUGCUGGCGGGGGAACUCCAAAGGGGAAGAGGGAAGGAGAAAGAAAAGAUUUUGCUAUGCAUUCCGGCUACAUAUAAGCCACUCAUUCUCAACUAAGACCAUCCAAGAGCACACUGAGUCAAUAUCGUCGCCCUCCGUUAAUUCCGUCGGGAGAUAUUUCACGCGAAAGCUAUGGUUCCCUUCUUGUGAUGGGGAUGUAUCAGUUGAAGUCUCUGUGGUCGGUGAUAGCUUUCUAUGCUGGGGAGUGUGCGUUGCAGUCUCUCGACCAAUCAGAGGGCAGAACCAGUGAUCUACUUGUUUCGAGUCUGGUGGAACUGGGGAUUUCUCUACGGAGCUUUAGACGGAGGUCCUGGAGAUGCUGGAGAUGUGUAUUCUACUGAAUCUAUUAGCUCCUAUCGUAUCGGUAGAUCCCUGACGGGAGGUCGCAAAAUGUAAACAGGCUGAACCAAGGCUGUGGCAAGGCUGUUGGCUGAACAAAGCACCUGAGUCUGGCGCACGUAUAGCGCCAAGGCCGUAUCAGGGUAUAUUGAGUGGGCCGUAUAGCGCCACUUCAGUUGAAAAUGGUCAAGAGCCACAAGGCCUUCGGAAAAGACAUCUGGCUCCAGCGCCUGCGGAGGUUUGCGGACCAGGGGCAUUGGACGCCUGACUUGGGCAGCAGGCCUGGUCCCAGACAGCCCAAGAAUGUUCUGGAGCUAUACAAUAAGGUCCAAAAAUGCCCACGGCAGUGCGGCAGCCAGCAGCCGCUGACCUUCCGGGGGGUGGCUGCGCUGCAAAGAGGCUGUACCUGUGGACUGCACAGGGACCCCCAUGACAGGGCUGGGAUCCAGCGGAUCCGGCAAUAUGUUGAGUCCGGCCGUCUGGCGGAGCUGAGGCAGCGCCCCAACAUCCAGCCCAAUCUGCAGCUUGAGCGGCAUGCUGCAGGCCAGUCUCGGCCGACUCCUGCCUCUGCCACCGCCACCGCCGGGGCUCCCAGCCCCGCUGCCGCCGCAGCCGCCACCGCUGCAGCUCCGGGGCCCGCUGCUGCUGCAGCCGCCGCAGCUGCACCUUCAGGACCGGGCUCCGCUACCGCUGCUGCUGCAGCCGCCGCAGCUGCACCUUCAGGACCGGGCUCCGCUACCGCUGCUGCUGCCGCUGCAGCUCCGGGGCCCGCAGCCGCCGCAGCCGCCGCAGCUCCGGGCUCCGCCGCCGCUGCAGCUCACAACCUCUCGCGGGUGGCACCAUCGAACCCGCUGCAUCCACGCGGGAAUGAAGGCGCCCGCGCUCCCGUUCUGCCCUACGGCUGGGCCAGCUACCUGUCGCCCUGGGAGCAGUCAUGGAUCGGCGGACUGUUCCGCACCGUCACCCACGGCGGACGGACUCACGCCGAACUGCGGGCCGGGCUGACCGAGCUCUGGUGCCGGCCGCCGCCACCUCCGCUGGUGGCCAACCAGGCACCGCCCGGCCCCGAUCGGUACUUUGGAGUACCACUAUUUCUGUGGCUGCCACGGCGCUUCUGGGGCGUGCUGCUGUCGUGCCCCGAGUGCGGCACUUUGCUUAACAGCUUCGGUCUGCACAGUCGCCUGAGGAAGGUCGUCGACCUGGAGCUCGGCUACUGGAUGGCCACAGAGCGCCUAACCUGUCCCCAGUGCCGGCCCCAGAAGGUCUACACUGCGUGGGACCACCGCCUCAUCAGACAGCUGGAUCUAGCCAGACAGCGGCAGUUCCCAGCUGUGCUGACCUACAAACUGACGUGCGACAAAGCGGUGAUCCGGCUGCUUCGGGAGCGGGGACUGGGCAACAGCCCGGCCCAGCUCCAGAAGAAAAUCGCCGAGCAGGUCGGGGAGGAGUACCUCAGCCACACACUGAGGUACUUGGGCGACUGCGCCAUGCGAUCGGCGGCCUUUGAUGGAUGGGAGCUGCCCUUCGCGCCGCCGCCGCCGCACCCGGUGGUACCCAGUGCGCGCUGGCUGAUGCGGGUAUACUUACAAGAUGCCCUCACCAGACAUCAGGAAUAUCUAGCGGCAAUCACCAGCGUGUUCGGAGAGAUCCUGAAAAUGGACUCGACCCGCAAGGUGGCCAAGAAGCUCGCCGGUGCUGCAGCAAAUACCGCUCGCUGGGCCACCAACGUCACCAACGAGCACGGCCUGGUGCUGAACUGCGUUCUCACCGCCACCGAGGGCGCAGGCCUCCUGGACAUGGGCAGAGGCCUGGUGGCGCGCUACCGCGACGCGAAAGUGAUGCCGCCGCGGGUCCUGUAUGUGGACCGCGACUGCUGCGGUGCCACCCAGACGACGCCGGCCCCUGCGCUGCACGCCUUUCCCGGCUGGGAGGGCAUGCCCGUGCGCCUCGACGCCUGGCAUUUUAUGCGGCGACUGGCGGCGGGCGUCACCACCGACGCUCACCAGCUAUACGGGCUCCUGAUGAGUCGUCUCUCGGCCGCCAUUUUCGAGACUGACCCAGGAGACCUGGCGGCCCUCAUCCGGGCGAAGCGGCAGGAGCUGGCGGCGACCGGGAUCACAAACCUCAGCGAUGAGGUCGUCCAGCGGGCGGUGACCAAGGCGGAGCACCAGCGCCACUGCCGCCGCCGGACCCGUGGUGUGGAGGUCACCACCCGCGCCAUCGACGAGCUGCUCCGCCUGCUGUCCGGCCCGGCGGGUGUCGACAGCAUGGGCCUGCCGCUGCUCGACCAGUCUCGGAUCUGGACCAUCUGGGAGCAGCAAAAGCGGCACGUCGCCUGCCUGCAGGACGUACCGGGGGUGCCCCUGCACCGUGUCACCGGCACCCUGAUGAAGGGCGGCGUGCAGCUUAGCUGUUUCCGGACAGCUCGCGGCACCACCUCCACGGAGAGCUUCCACAGCCAUCUCGUGAGGUUCAUCCCCGGGACUACAGCCAGCGACCUCCACUUCCAGGCCUUCCUGAUCGAGGGUCUGGUUAGAUGGAACGCGGAUCGUCACCUGGCGGCGAUCGGACAGGACAGCGCCCGCGAGGUCCGGUGCUACGACGGCCGGAUACGGGCAGCCGUCAACGACCUGUCGCAGAGGGUGCUCAAGAGGGACCUAGUCACCAGAAGCGAGCCUCUUCGAUACACGGGUGAGCUCGUCGGGGUCGCCUACCUGUACGGACAGACGGGCCGUAGGCUCGACGAGUACAGGGUGGGUGACCCCGACACGCAGCACGGCGAGGAUGACGAUGUUGGCGAUGACCUCGACGAGGGAUUCGAGGACGUCGAGGACAUCUUCGUGACCGACGCGUACGAUGGUCUCGAAAUGCCACUUCAGACGCCUCUCCCGGCCGCUCCCGUCGGAGUCCCCAGCCUCGCCGCCGCCGGACCUCAGGGACCCGCUACCGCCCGAGUCCCCAGCUCCGCCGACGCUGGGCCUCAGAGUCCCGCCGACGCUGGGCCUCAGAGUCCCGCCGACGCUGGGCCUCAGAGUCCCGCCAACGCUGGGCCUCAGAGUCCCGCCGACGCUGGGCCUCAGAGUCCCGCCGACGCUGGGCCUCAGAGUCCCGCCGACGCUGGGCCUCAGAGUCCCGCCGACGCUGGGCCUCAGAGUCCCGCCGACGCUGGGCCUCAGAAUCCCGCCGCCGGACCUCAGAGUCCCGCCGCCGCUGCAGCUCCGGGCUCCGCCGCCGCUGCAGCCGCAGCCGCCGUCGCUGGAGCUCCGGGCCCGGCCGCCGCCGCAGCUCCGGGGCCCGCUGCUGCUGCAGCCGCCGCAGCUGCACCUUCAGGACCGGGCUCCGCUACCGCUGCUGCUGCAGCCCCGCGGCCUGCUGCCGCUGCAGCCCCGCGGCCUGCUGCCGCUGCGGCUCGGGGGCCCGCUGCUGCUGCAGCCGCCGCAGCUGCACCUUCAGGACCGGGCUCCGCUACCGCUGCUGCUCAUGGUAACCAGCCUCCACCGGCUCCUCCUGCCGUCGACGCUGCCAGCUGGUCACCAGCUGACGCACAGCCGGACCUGGAGGGACGCAGCUCACCCGGCCCUGGUGCAGUAGUGGCCGCCGCUCAGUCGCCCGCCAUCCCACUGACGCCAGACUGGGCAGCCGAGGGUCUUCCGGAGGACGUGACCGGCCCCGACCACCAGCCGGGGUACGCCGAGUGCCACCGCCUGGCGCAGGUGCUCGUCGGCCUAGACUGCUCGCGGGGGUAUGUCGCCGACGAAGAGGCCGAGUCCAUCGUCCACCUGUGGCACCAGCUCUCCGCCGGCGACAGAGCCAAGGUGGCGGCCUCCCCGCGGUACCAGCACCGGCUGACGACUGGCCGGUUUAAACAGCCGAAGACCAGUCGGCUGUCUGGUGUCGUGCCGGGCGUGGACAGCGCACGGAGAGUCUCACUCAAGCGAGGAGCGGUUCCCGCGCAACGACCCGACUUGAACCGGCUCGCUGAGACGGUCGUCCGCCUGCUCUGCGAGCGGUACCGAAACCCCAGGCGCAGCGGAGGGUCGGUCCAGUCGCGCUGGGCGCAGAUCCUGGCCCACCACUCCAGCCUGCGGGACAUUCUCCUCAAAUGUCCCGCAAUCACCCAGCGGACUGGAGUCAACCUGGCGGCUCUGAACCAGCACACGCUCACGUCCUGGUUCAACGAGCACCAGAAGGAGACGGAGCGGAGAGCUCUUCUCCAGGGCGUGCAGCUGCCGCCAGCCCGUCCGAUCGCCGCAGUCGCCCUGCCAGCACCGGCGCCGCGGCUGAUGCAGGUGCAGGUGGUGCGGGUGGACUGCCGCCGCCCACCGCACCACUUCGUCCUGCCUGCCGACACGGUCGGACAGGCGCAGACCCGCCGUCGCCCGGCCGAGGACACCGGCCACGACACCGCCGCCAAGAGGCCCUACACGCGCCGGCAGCCCACCAACACCUGCGGCCAGUGCAAAGGCGCUCUGACGGCGGACACGGGGCACAGACGGGGGAAGGGCGGCCCAAGCCGAAACAAGGUUUUCUGUCCCGUUGCCAACCCUGAUCUAACAUACGAUCAGUGGUUGGCAAAGUUCAAGUGA